AUGGGUGAGAAAGAAAAAAAUCAGUAUAGCCUAUGGAAUUCAGAGGAAACCAAGGUUUUGAUAGAAUUACUUGUGGAGGGGAUUCAACGUGGAUGGCGGGACAGUAACGGUAUAAUGAACAAAGCAACGGUGGAACAUAAAAUACUAUCAGUCUUGAAUGAAAGACUUGGAUGCCAAAAAACCCACAAGCAUUACCAAAGCAGAAUCAAGUUCUUGAAGGGUCAAUAUCAAUGUUAUGUUGAUCUUUUAAACAACAGCUCAUGCUUUGGAUGGGAUCCUAUCAUGAAAAGAUUUGUGGCUUCUAACGAAGUAUGGAAUGACUAUUUAAAGGGUCAUCCUAAUCACAAGUUCUUACGCUAUGACUCUAGUGAACAGUUUGAUGAUUUGAAAAUCAUAUUUGAUUGUGCAACUGCUAAUGGUAGUUCUUCAAUUGGCUUGGGUGAUACCACAGAUGCUCGCGUCUUCACGGUUGGUGACAGUCAAGCACAAGAAAACUUGAAUUUUGAGGACAUCAGUGAUGAUGUUUAUGUUCAGCAACCAUCCCCAGAAAAUGUUGUUAAAAGGCGUGUGGAAAAACUUGUCUCGAGAAAACGAUCUCGAACAGACGCAUCUAGCAGUUCAGUUGAGAUAAACACUGAUCAAAGUGAUGCUAUGGUAAUGAUGACCAGUAAGAUCCUCACUUUCAUACAGCAGAGAGAAGAAAGACAACAAAAAGAAGUUGAGAAAAGAGAAGCUGAAAAGAAGAAAAAUAGUGUUUGGGAUGCUAUGAAAGAGGUUCCUAAUUUGGAUGAUCGUAUCAAAUUUAAAGCGGUGACCCUUAUCUACUCCUUAGGAAUGAAAGAUGUCUUCACUGAUAUGUCCAUAGAAGAACGCUAUGGUUGGAUCCAAAGCAACGUCAACUACGAUUGA